GCUAUAUAUUCAGGUUUCAUAUAUUCAUUUCCUGAGACGUAUAUAGGUGGGCGGGGCAGGAGCGCGUGGGCUGCGCGCGUGUUUAAAAUCGUGAAGCGCGCGCUGUUCUGCAGGUCGCCUGAACGGCUGAAGCGCCUGGCGCGUGCUCUUCUUCACUGAGAGGAACUUCCACAUAAGCCAUAAGCCAGAAACAUGAUAACUCCUUUGCCAGACGAGGUCACAACAUGUUUAGAGGUCAUUGGAGGGAAAUACGCCAAGAUUGAGUCAACGAGAUCCAGAAAGCCUCAAUUAGUUGUUAAACAUUCACAGAAAGAUGUACCAUACUUGACUGUGUACAAAGUGCCAAGUAGCCAAGACAGAAGCAUCCACAUGGCAUUCUGCUUUAAGCUGAAAGAAGAUAAGUAUUAUCCUGUAGUGGAGUGGGACUCAGCCACCAAAAAACCCCACAUGAAGAUAAUGGGGCCAAUAAAUAAGCCAUUUGUCAACUUCCCUGGGACGCACCUGUUCAGAUGGGAUACAAAUGGAGAGUAUGGAAGCCUGCGCUCAGUGGCAGAACCUAACCAAUAUCUUUCUGUUUCUGAAAGCAAGGUCAUCACCCUCAGAUCCACACCAGACCUUAGUUUCAGAAUCAAUCUAAACACACCGAAAAGUAGAAUGGCUUCAAGCAGCUUGCAUCCACUGACUCCAUUUAUGUUUGGGCUCAGCUUAAUCCAGAAUUGGCCAUCGGUAGCAUACUCAGUUCACUCCACAUUUGAUGAUGAUUCAGACAUGAAGAAAGACAGGAAAAUACAGGCAAUCCUGUAGUAUCCAUUGAUGCCCCUGUACCAAGUAGCUCUGGUCACUUAUUAUCACUUAUUAUCACCUAUUAUCCAGGAUCUCUGUUCUUAGUAAACAAAAACAGACUUAACCUUAGUGCAGUGCAAGAACAUUUAACAUACAUGCAUCGACAUGCAAGAUUCAAUCAAAUGCACUGUCCAAUUAUUUUUAUUGGGGGCCAAAUGGAGGAAAAAUCAGGCCACAGUUCUGCUUGCUGCUGUAACAUUGCAUUUUAAUUUGAAUUAAUAGGUGAACUUUAAGCAGUUUCUCCUGAAUACCUGAGAAAGAUUUCACUCACUAGUUAUAUUACUUUAUCAUACCAACUGAUUCCAAGCAAAUUAAACAUACACAAGAACUCAGAAAAAAACUAACAUCUCUGAGGUCCCUAAUUUGAUUCUGAGCUUAGGUGGAAUUUGGUAUGUUUUCACUUGGGUUUUUUUUUGGGUUCUCUGGUUUCUUCCCACCUUCUAAAAACAACGCAAUAGAUGGACUGGCUAUCUUAAAUUGCCACUAGGUGUGAAUGUGUGUGAAUGGUGCCCUGAAAUGUCUUGGGGUCCCAUCCAGGGUGUGUUUCUUCCUUGCAUUCAGUGCUCCCUGGAUAGCAUCCUAUCAUCCAUCAUGACCUGGAUCAGGAUAAAGUGAUCUCUACAGAUGUAUGAAUGACUGCCUGAAUGAAUGAAAGUUGCUGCCAUGUCGACCCAAAGGUUUUGUAGUUUAAUGUAGGCUUGUACAGAGGUUUGCAGGGGAGCACAGGGCACCUUUGCGUUUUGUGAAUGGCAAGCUUAGCUGAUCUCUUGUAUUAUAUUUUAAUGGAAAUGUUAAUCAUAGCAUAGUACACUGGUGAUGAUGAUAAUAAUAAUGCUGAUGUCAUAAAACACUAUCACAUGGCUUUUAUAAAGAAAUGUUUUAAUUUCAAAUCUGUAAAAUGUAGUAAUUGUGAACUGCUGUGUAUAUACACUUGCUAUUAUUGUUAUUGCUAUUAUUAACAUGUAAAAUA